AGUGAACCGUGGGAGGGUCGGGCGCCGCCUGGGCUGGGGGAGGCUAAGGCGUUCCGGGGAGGGCUUGGAGUCGGGGAUCCCAGCCUGUCGCGCGUCCCCAGGCUGAGCCAAGGUCCUGUUUGCCGUCGGUCCUUGCAGAGCCGCCGCAACAAUGGGCCGAGAGUUUGGGAAUCUGACGCGGAUGCGACAUGUGAUCACCUACAGCUUGUCGCCCUUCGAGCAGCGCGCCUUCCCGCACUUUUUCACCAAGGGCAUCCCCAACGUGUUGCGCCGCACUCAGGCGUCCAUCCUUCGCGUGGUGCCGCCAUUUGUAGUGUUUUAUCUUGUCUACACCUGGGGGAACCAGGAAUUUGAGAAGUCCAAGAGGAAGAAUCCAGCUGCCUUUGAAAAUGACAAGUGAGCAACUCAUCUGGAUAAUGGUUUUCCACCUGUGAAAGACCCUUCUCUGGGAGAGGCAUCUGUAUUAUAGUGUCUGGAAGACACAAUAAACUCACUGUAGACUGCA